GGUAUAAUGCCUGAAGAAAACAGCACCAUAGUGUUUGAUGAAUUUGUAUUGGUAGGGUUAACAAGCAAUCCUACACUGCAGAUCAUCCUCUUUUUUGUGUUUCUAGCUAUUUAUGUGAUCACCUUGGUUGAAAAUCUGGGACUGAUUGCCUUAAUAAGGGUCAGUCCCUGGCUCCAGACCCCAAUGUACUUCUUUCUCAGCAACCUCUCCUUCUUGGAUAUGUGCUUCUCCUCUGUGUUUGCGCCAAAGUCAUUAAUGAACUUUGUAGCAGAUAAAAAAUCCAUUUCUCUGACUGGAUGUGCAAUACAGAUGUACUUUUUAAUAGGGCUGGGGAGCACAGAGUGCUUCCUUCUGGCUGCAAUGGCAUACGAUCGCUAUGUAGCUAUCUGUAAACCCUUGCUGUAUCAUGUUCUAAUGUCCCCUAAAAUCUGUGUUCUUUUGGUGUUUGGGUCAUAUAUACUUGGGCUCUUCCAUUCUCUUCUUCAUACAGUCUUCACUUUCAAACUGUCAUUCUGUGGGUCCAAUGAGAUCAAUCAUUUUUUCUGUGAUAUCUCUGCACUUUUAUCACUCUCCUGUUCUGAUACCCAUGUCAAUGAGCUCCUGAUUUUCUAUGUUGCUGGUCUUGUAGAAGUAACCACCAUUGUGAGUGUCUUGAUUUCAUAUGCAUAUAUUCUCAUCAACAUUGUGAGGAUCAGUUCGGCUGCAGGCAGGCUUAAAGCCUUCUCCACAUGCACUGCCCACCUGACUGCAGUCACUAUCUUUCAUGGGGCAAUUCUCAUUUUGCAUUUCCGACCAGAAUCUAGCAGCGGCUCUUCUGUCCAAGAUGUGAGUGACAAAGUUCUUGCUGUGUUCUACACAACUGUCAUCCCCUUGCUGAACCCCUUGAUUUACAGCCUGAGGAACAAGGAGGUGAAAGAUGCCUUCCUUGCUAUUCAGAGGAAAUUAUGUGACAAAUGA